GGGAAUAGCCUAGUGGGCGGGACUUGUCCAGUCUACAAAAAGCAAAGGAGGAAUUGGAAAGCUUCAUUUCAGCGCAGACUUACUGAAGACAGCACCCAUGGAUGAGAUGAGUGAAACAACCCGAGGCAGCUCCUCUGAGUUGAGGAUUGUGUUGGUGGGGAAGUUCGGAGUUGGGAAAAGUGCCUCAGGAAACACGAUCCUGGGCCAGAAGGUGUUUAAAUCAGAAAACAGUGACUCCCCGGUUACAAAGGAGUGUGAGAGGGGAGACGAUGGGAGGGGUGUUGUUGUGGUCGACACUCCAGCCUUCAGCACAGAGGCUUUGAAGUGCAUUGCUAAGUGUGACCCGGGACCCCACGCUAUUCUCCUGGUGAUUGAGGUGGGUCGAUUCACAGAAGAAGACAAGAGAACAGUGGAGACAAUCCUGGAGAGGUUUGGAGAGGAAGCUGGGAGAUACAUGAUAGUCCUUUUCACCAACAGGGAUAAACUGGAAGAUGACAAUAUUAAGAAGUUUGUUCAGGGAGCUGGCAAAGACCUCCAGCAGCUUGUACAGAAGUGUGGGAACAGGUAUCACUCCUUCAACAACAGGGACAAGAAGGAUCGUACCCAGGUCACUGAGCUACUGCACAAAAUAGGCAUGAUGGUAAACGAGAACACUGGAAGAUACUACACCACAGAGAUGAUCAGAGAAGCUGGGGGAAAAAAGAAGAAAACUGAACAGAAAAAUCUGUCCGAGGCAGGCAGUGAGACAAUGCAUUCAGGUUUCACCCAGCAGCAAGACUACCGCUCCAGCGCUAGACCAACCCUAGAGCGAGGCAGAUCAGAUCACGGCGCCCCCCAGGCACAAACCAGGGAUCACCAAGGUUUCACCCAGCAGCAAGACUACCGCUCCAGCGCUAGACCAACCCUAGAGCGAGGCAGAUCAGAUCACGGCGCCCCCCAGGCACAAACCAGGGAUCACCAAGGUUUCACCCAGCAGCAAGACUACCGCUCCAGCGCUAGACCAACCCUAGAGCGAGGCAGAUCAGAUCACGGCGCCCCCCAGGCACAAACCAGGGAUCACCAAGGUUUCACCCAGCAGCAAGACUACAGCUCCAGCGCUAGACCAACCCUAGAGCGAGGCAGAUCAGAUCACGGCGCCCCCCAGGCACAAACCAGGGAUCACCAGGAGUUGAGGAUUGUGCUGCUUGGGAAGACUGGCGUUGGGAAGAGUGCAGCAGGGAACACCAUCCUGGGAAGAAGGGAGUUUGAGUCGAAAAUCAGCCCCACUUCCAUAACUAAUAAGUGUGAGAAAAAGACAGGAGUAGUUGCAGGGAGACAUGUAGCUGUGAUUGACACUCCCAGCCUGUUUGGCACAGAGCUCAGUCAAGAUAAAAUUGAACAGGAGAUUGAGAGUUGCAUGACUCUGUCAGCCCCGGGACCCCAUGUUUUUCUGUUGGUGAUAGAAAUAGGUCGAUACACCCAGAUUGAGAGGGAAGCAGUGAAGAUGAUUUUCGGUGACAGUGUUGCCCAGUACAUGAUGGUGCUUUUCACCCAUGGAGACAGUUUGGAAGAUGGCAUGACAAUUGAGGAGUACAUUGAGGGAGCUGAAGGAGGGAAUCUGCAGGAGCUUAUUUGGGAAUGUGGAAGAAGGUAUCGCGUCUUUAACAAUAAAGACAAGAGCAGUUGCACUCAGGCAACUGACCUGAUAAAGGAAAUAGACAAAAUGGUAAAAAAUAACAAUAGGGGGUACUACACCAAGAACAUGUUCAGUGAGGCAGCCUGCAGUCUAAAACAGCAAAAUGUGAAGAUGAUGUCCAAUAAGGCAGCCUUGAAUAAAAGUGGAAUAAAAAAAAUAAUUAAGACAAGUCGAACCAGCCGUACAACAUCAGAACCACAGAAUGAGGAAAAUAAUCAAACAGAAAUAACCAGAUACGUCUUUUGUAGUAUUUUAUAAUCUGUUUGAUAUUCAAGGGUAUGUCCUGUGCAUAUUAUUUCCUGAACCAAUAUCUUCUUGAUUUUAAACAUGAUUAUUUUAAUGUGUUUUCUUUUUACAUUGCUUUCUCCUUUUAAAAAUAUUUUCUCCUACUUUCUUCAUUUCAUAGUCACUUGUACACAGUUUUCUUUUUUAGCAAUCAAUGAGGCAAAACAUAUUUAGAACUAUAAAUCAUAAUACAUUUCCUUUGCAUGUUAGUACAUCUUGUAUCACCACGAAUAAGAGUUUAAAAGCAUCUUUGAAAAAGAAAUAAAAAUUGUCAAGAACACAAA